ACUUGAAUGAGGAGCCCAGCGGUGGCGGGGAGGGGAAGGGGAAAAGGGGGAGUUGCUGAGAUCUUGCCUGGGCAGGCGAGAGAGGGAGACGGAAACAAAGUCGCGCGGCUCUUCCACCCAGCUCUGUGCAAACUUCUAGGGCUGGAGGGGGAAUGGGCGGGGGGGAGGAAGGAGCAGAGCUGAGAUCUCUUCGCUAACCUUUCCUUUUUGAUUUAAAGUUUCGUUUUUUAUUUCACUUUUCUUUUUCUGGAGGGAGGGUGUUUCCCCCCACCCAGUUUCUGGGUCCCCCCCCCCCCGCUCCUCCCCGCGUCGCGCCCCCUGCCUUUUAUGUUAUGCUGCAGAGAGACCUUCCCGGGUCUCCCCGUCCCUUCCGUUCUGCGACUCCUUUUUUAAAUGUAUAAUUUGAUGGGUCUCAACGGCACCGCUGGAGCCCUCCAGCCCAAUGUCUCCUGUACGUGCAACUGCAAGCGGUCUUUGUUUCAGAGUAUGGAGAUCACCGAGUUGGAGUUUGUACAGAUAAUCAUAAUCGUGGUGGUAAUGAUGGUGAUGGUGGUGGUCAUCACGUGUCUGCUGAACCACUACAAACUCUCUGCGCGGUCCUUCAUUAAUCGGCACAGCCAAGGGCGGAGGAGAGAGGAAAACCUAUCAUCAGAAGGAAGCUUGUGGCCUUCAGAAAGCACAGUGUCAGGAAGUGGCGUAACGGAGCAGCAGGUCUACACGCCAAGACCAACAGACAGGCUAGCAGUUCCAUCCUUCUUACAGAGGGACCGUUUCAACAGAUUCCAGCCGACCUACCCUUACAUGCAGCAUGAGAUUGACCUGCCCCCCACCAUCUCUCUAUCGGACGGGGAAGAACCCCCUCCUUACCAGGGGCCCUGCACUCUGCAGCUCCGGGAUCCAGAGCAGCAGAUGGAACUCAACCGGGAGUCGGUCCGAGCACCUCCCAACAGAACCAUCUUUGACAGUGAUCUGAUAGAUAACUCAGUGUAUGGCGGACCUUGCCCUCCCAGCAGCAACUCGGGCAUCAGCGCGACCUGCUACGGGAGCAACGGCCGGAUGGAAGGCCCGCCCCCCACGUACAGUGAGGUCAUAGGUCAUUUCCCCGGCUCGACAUUUUACCAGCACCAGCAGAAUAACAGCGGGAUGCCCUCAAUACUGGAGGGCGGCAGGCUCCAUCCUCCAUCUCAAAUCAAUAGCCUCGAGAGCACAACGGCGUGGAACAAAGAUAAAGAGAAGCAAAAAGGCCACCCCUUUUAAAAAGAAAAAACAAACACUCUGCACUUCUUGUUAACCGGAGGGGGAACGAUAUCAAGAGACAGGGAAACGGGCGCACAGAACAAAAAACGCCCGUCUCUGCUUUGUGUAGUAUAAAUAUUUACAUGUUAUGUUUGGUCUGAAUGCACAAACGCCAACAAAGCUUGCAAAAAAAAAAAGAUUUUUUUUCCUUUGUUGAGCUCUGUCUAGAAUUUUUUAUUUUUUUUUAAAUGAAACCUACAGCGGUCCUCUUAUUCUUUCUCCCCCCUUUGUUUUGUUUCUAGUUCAGCUGCGUGUGCGAAUGCUACAUUUUUAAUUUUUCUUUUUUUUUUGGUUUAUUUCACUUAACUUUAAAGACGAAAAAUAUUUGCACAAAAAACAUUUGUUUAAAAGAUCUGCAAUAUAUAUAUAUAUAUAAAUAUAUAUUAAAAAAAUAAGAGAAACUGGUAUGCGUGUUUGGGGAAGCUGGAGUAUUUUUAUAUUAGAAGAGGCUUAUUGCGGAAAAAAAGGGGGAUUUUGUUGUUUGUUUGUUUUCUGAACUAGAAUUAAAAUAUGGCAAUUUUUGAGAGCCAGCUCAAAAAAUGCAUGUAUUACAUUGUAAAAAAAGAGAAGAAAAAGAAACAAAAAACAUUAAAAAAACAAAAGCAGGGGUUUAGAGUUAUUUAUAUAAAUGUUGAAAUUUUGCACUAUUUUUUAAUAUAAAUGUGUCAGUGCUUGUGUUGGUCAGAUGCCUCUAUCAUGUCUAAACAAAACUGUUAAGGAAAAUACAUCUAAGUGAAGAUUUAAAGGAGUUGUAAUGGGAGGAAAAAGCCCAGAAGAUUGAACCAGAACUGUUAGGAACAUCACGGAAGGACUGCAUCUUCUGUAAAUGUUUUACUUUCCAUAAGUCACAUGAGCAAGUCCCAAAUCUGAGCUGGUUCCAUGGCAAACACUGCAUGGUUGCACCUGGGGUACAGACCACCCAACUAUGAAGACACUCAUCGCUUCAGUUGCCAAGAGCUUUUGCAUAUGUAAAUUGCCAUUUUUUAAAAAUUGGCUCCUGCCCCUCUUUAUGUGUAUUCUUAAAGGGGAAGGAGUCUUUCUAUACAUGCAUUGCAACCCACACAAUUGACUCAGUGUGGGUGCCUCUUCAUUUUUGGGAGGGUACUUCCAUAUCUUUCCCAGAUACCCUCAUCUACGUUGCCUGUAAAAUCACAGUUUUAAUUUUCCCCCCCAAAGUUUUGAAAGAAUGGUUAUUGAAAGAACGGUUAGAAGGUUUUUGGGAAGACGAUAGUUAAACCUUGCAACUUGAUACUGCAAACAUUAAAAUGUAUUCCCAGUUGCCUGGUCUUGUGGUUUCAGCAGCUUUAAGCAAGGCGUUUUUCUAUCCCUUCAGAGCUGAGGAGAGUUUUGUGUGUAGACCUUUCUAAGUGCAUGGAAAAUUCUGCUCGGCAUAGCAAUGGAUGGGGAAUCCUUGCUUUCAGAAGAGGUUUGUGUGUGCAGCUGAGCCCCCGCGAACACAGGCAUCGUGUCCUUUUGACCGAGGUUUGCAGAACCCUGAGGCCCUUAGAGGGCAAUUGAACGACCCUUUUCCACAGCCACUCUCCCGCUAAUUUCAUGGGGACCAUAAAAGUAUAAGUAGCCAUUAAGAUGCCUUCUUUUAAUGACUGAGUGAUUGCUUCUAAUUGUCUUUUUAAUAUCAGGCUAAUCUGGUUCUCUUCAUCAAUUAAGAUGAUUU